CUCGAUAAGAUUUCUUCUGUUGCUGUGUUUGUCAUAAACCAGCAGUAUCAUUUUGAUGUUUUUACCUUCUCUGACACAAGGAUAAACAGCGAGACCAUUAUGAGAAUGGAUCUAAUGGAAAUUGAGGACAACCCAUAUAUAAAUAAGAACCUCAGAAUGGACGUAGAUUUUCUGAAAAAAAAGAAGCCCUCGAAAUGUGCGACCGUGUGUCUUGGAUUACUGUGUGCUCUCCUGUUGGCUGGUAACAUAGGACAGUUUGUCUACUAUGAGAUAUUCAGCCAUCUUGGGUCAGCAGACCCAGCACAGGCCAGCUACAACACUGAAGAAGAUCAACUGCAAAGCCGUUAUGAUGCUUUAACUGCAGAGAGAAAAGAGUUAGACGACAGACUGACUAACCUGACGAAAGAAAAAGACCAGUGGCAGCAAAGUUACAACAACUUAAAACAAGAGAGCGAUCAGUUACAGACCAAUCACAAUAAUCUGACAUCAAGUAAAGACCAGCUACAGACCAAUUACAGCAACCUGCAAAGAGAAAAAGACCAGUGGCAGCAAAGUUACAACGACUUGAAACAAGACAACGAUCAGCUACAGAUAAACUAUAAUGACACGCAGAGGAAUCUCGACAGGUUGCAGACAAAUCACAAUAAACUGACAGCAAGUAAAGACCAGCUACAGACCAAUUACAGCAACCUGCAAAGAGAGAAAGACCAGCUGCAGCAAAGUUGUAAUUCUGUGACAACUGAAAGAGACAAAGUUAAAGCCAGUUACAACAAUCUGAAAAAUGAGAAAGACCAGUUGCAAGCAAGUUACAACACCUUAAAACAAGAGAGCGAUCAGUUACGGACAAGCUACAAUGACAUGCAGAGGAAUCUUACGGGGCUACAGACUAAUCAUGAUACUCUGGCAGCAAGUAAAAACCAGUUACAGACCAGAUACAACAGCCUGCAAAGAGAAAAAGACCAGUUGCAGCAAAGUUACAAUUCUGUGACAACUGAAAGAGAUAAAGUUAAGGCCAGUUUCAACACUCUGAAAAGUGAGAAAGACCAAUUACAGACCAGAUACAGUAACCUGCAAAGAGAAAAAGACCAGUUGCAGCAAAGUUGUAAUUCUGUGACGACUGAAAGAGACAAGCUUAAAGCCAGUUUCAACACUCUGAAAAAUGAGAAAGACCAGUUGCAAGCAAGCUACAACACCUUAAAACAAGAGAGUGAUCAGUUACGGACUAAUCACAAUAAUCUGGCAGCGAGUAAAAACCAGUUACAGACCAGAUACAACAGCCUGCAAAAAGAAAAAGACCAGUUGCAGCAAAGUUGUAAUUCUGUGACGACUGAAAGAGACAAAGUUAAGACCAGUUUCAACACUCUGAAAAGUGAGAAAGACCAGUUACAGACCAGAUACAGUAACCUGCAAAGAGAAAAAGACCAGCUGCAGCAAAGUUGUAAUUCUGUGACAACUGAAAGAGACAAAGUUAAGACCAGUUUCAACACUCUGAAAAAUGAGAAAGACCAGUUACAAGCAAGUUACAACACCUUAAAACAAGAGAGCGAUCAGUUACGGACUAAUCACAAUAAUCUGGCAGCGAGUAAAAACCAGUUACAGACCAGAUACAGUAACCUGCAAAGAGAAAAAGACCAGCUGCAGACCAGAUACAACAGCCUGCGAAGAGAAAAAGACCAGUUACAGACAAGAUACAACAGCCUGCAAAGAGAAAAAGACCAGUUACAGACCAGAUACAACAGCCAGCGAAGAGAAAAAGACCAGUUACAGACCAGUUUGGCUACAACUACAGUUCAGCUGCAGAAGACGAUAAAAAAAGCAAGAGGUCUGCACUGUCAGAUAGGCUGGAGGAAGUUCGACAUCAGCUGUUACUAUAUUUCAACUACGCGGAAAACCUGGACAGAAAGCAGAGGAGACUGCAAGUUAAGAGGAGCAGAUCUGGUCAUCAUUGAGACCAAGGAGGAACAGCAAUUCGUCAGCAGUUUACUGAGAACAGGCCAAGAUGCUUGGAUUGGUCUGACUGACAGUCAAUCAGAGGGGACUUGGAUGUGGGUGGACGGGACAGCCGUCACUACAACGUUCUGGGCGGAAAACCAGCCCAACAGCUACGUCUGGGAGCAGGACUGUGCAAAAGCUAUGCAGGACUCAGAAGGACGAUGGAAUGAUUAUGGCUGUUUUCAUCAACAGUACUUUAUAUGUGAACAAUAACAUCACAAUUAUUCACACAGACAAUGAUGGUCUGUGGCUUUGGUCUUUGAUUCUUAUAUAUAUCUUAAAUGUGUAAAUAUGGUGACAUUAUAUAUGUGUUUGUUGUCAACGAUGACUUGAUACUACUAUUAAUAUCAUUCCUUCAUUAUCAUUAAAAACAGACACUGUAGUAUAUUUUGAGUCAGUGUUGGUUUCAAGUUUCAAUUGUAGUAAUAAAACAUUUGUUCAACCAAUAAUAA